CCCUCCUGUUACAGCCUGCACAGCUUCUUAUUCAGACCCUGUGAGGAGAAAGUGAUGCUGUGCCUUCGGUACAUUAACAUGCAGCUGCGGUCCUGGAAUCCCACUACUAAGGACUGAAUGUGCCCGUCCUUCCAAAGCCGCUUCACUGUCUGCGUUUCAGAACGAGCCAGCUCCACCUCUGGAGUUUUUAAAUAACAGCCGCUUCUGGAUGGUAUUCUGUAUUUUGAAACUAUUUUCUCACUGCACAGUCCACCCAACAGUCAAACAGUAUUAGUUCUUUAAUUCCUGUCCUCAUAGGUUUGUGCGAAGCAUCAAGGAUGUGAACACGAUGUGAGUUGGCACUAGCUGCAAGUUAUCUAUAUGUUAAUACAUACAUUCAUACAUAAGAGCUGUGGCAUCAACCAGUCCUUUUCGAAGAGUUGUUUUAUUGUUUCUGUAAGCAUUUUAAUGGGAAAAAUAAUUUCGGGAUCAGCUCCAGGUAGUUCCUAAUACAGAGAGUAUUUAGAAAGCCUUCCUAAACUCAUCAUUUCAAAAGAGAGAGAGAGAUGGCGCUGGAGCUACGUGUACUUGGACUUGUUACAGCAAUGGGAAUUGGGGUAAGACAAGGCAAACGGGCAAAAUGUACGACUUUAAUAACACAAAUGAUUUAUCGAGCCCGUUUGUGAAAAAUGAGCGCAUUAAUGACAAACAAACAGUAGCUUAAUUAUAAUUUGGUUUUUGACAUUUAAGAUUUAGAGUGCCAGCACUUGGCUUGACUGAUGUCGGAAAACAAGCACAUUUAUUCUUUUUUCAAAAGGACUCUUCCUCAUUUGAUUUUGAGGGAUUUUGGGGGAUUUGGUGGAAUGAUCUGGUGAACGCUUCUAUCUCCCAAAGGUCCAUGCGGCUGGUCAGGGAUUCCGUGCUCUCUGUAUAUAUUUCACUGGAAAGUGAUGAAACUGCAGUGCACUUUAUGAAAGUCAAUCUCGGUUCGUUUAUCCCAUCUUAUUGAAGGUGUUGCGUAUGCCAAUUCCAUCGCUUUAUCCAGGUACUGAAAAAAGAACUGAAAGCACCUGGGUGAAUGAUGGGCAAAACUAUGCGUAAAACAGACGCAUGCUGGGCUGUUUAAGUAAGUAACAUCCCAGCAUGCACUGGGCCAUAUAUAAAAGCGCCGGAUGGGCCUGCUUGCCUAUAAUUGUGGCAAACAUAGCUGUAAGUGGAGAUAAUAUUUUAAAAGAGGGAUGACUAUUGAGACAGAGUUUCUGUAACCAAGACAACUCAACCUACCGAUGCGUCAUGUGUUGUGCGUUGGUGUCUCAGCAGCAAAGGGCAGGCCUGGGCGCAAACACACACUCCAGGGUAGCGAUAGCUUCGAUUUACUUCAGCGCCGGGAAAAACCCGAAAUAACCGCCUUUGACCACAAGUCUCUACCCGGGGCAGGAGCAGCCAUCUUUCCCAUAAAUGGCGGAGGCUCAACACACUGCUAAGUGACAUGGAAGCUUCCAUUUAAGUUUACUACCUGUGGAUUUGAUUGAUUGAUUGACUGAUUGAUUGAGAUUUACUCUGUGGAUAUCCUGUACCUGUAGAUUUACUCUGUGGAUACCCUGUACCUGUAGAUAUACCAGUAGAUUUACUCUGUGGAUUCCCUGUACCUGUAGAUAUACCAGUAGAUUUACUCUGUGGAUUCCCUGUACCUGUAGAUUUACUUUGUGGAUACCCUGUACCUGUUGAUAUACCAGUAUAUUUACUCUGUAGAUACCCUGUACCUGUAGAUGUACCUGUAGAUUUACUCUGUUGAUACCCAGUACCUGUAGAUAUACCAGUAGAUUUACUCUGUGGAUACCCUGGACCUGUAGAUAUACCUGUAGAUUUACUCUGUUGAUACCCAGUACCUGUAGAUUUACUCUGUUGAUACCCAGUACCUGUAGAUUUACUCUGUUGAUACCCAGUACCUGUAGAUAUACUCUGUUGAUACCCUGUACCUGUAGAUAUACCUGUAGAUUUACUCUGUUUAUACCCAGUACUAGCCCCAUGUAAAGCUGAUGGAGGAUGCAAAGCUUGCCUUAAAUAUGGAUGUUUUUUUUGUGACCCAGGGCAGAAUUAUUUUUAAGUUAAUUGACGUGUUAUGAUGUAACGGAAAUAAUUAAUUUUUAUUUUUGAAGAAAGUUUCUGCAAAACUGUGCCCUACAGGAUUUGGUUCAAAACAGUAGAAAGAAAGAAGAGGUUCCAAUUAUUUCAUGACUCUUCAUUAAAUAUUAAUACAGCGUUAAAGUCAAUACUCUGGUAAGUAAAUCUGUAAAUGAUAACUGGGUUAAACCAGCCUCCUACUGUACUUGUCUUUUAACCCCCCGUCUCUUCACACUGAGCAGCUAGUUAACGGAGCAGCAGAGGUUUCCUUUGUGUUGCUGAAAUGAAGGUAAGCCAUGCGCGAGGGCGCUGUGUGAUCACAGCCAAUUUCCUGCUCCUCGCGCCAUAAAUAUUUCAGAAACAUGCUGGUUUGAUUCAAACAGCCAUGAAGAUGCGGGCAUGAUAUUUCAUUAUAACAUACGGCUCUGUCUUUGUUCGCAUUCCGCUCGCUUCUAACAGGUUUGUACCGCGGCGGAGAAUGAUUUCCACACUGUAUAGUUGUAAAUACAUUUUACGAAAAAAAAAGAGAAAGAUUGCUUUAGAAUGAAAAACAAUCACACACACACAAAAAAAAAACAAAUCACUCCGGUAAAAAUUGUUCCGGUGUUAUACUUUUUUUUGCUUAUCUUGAUGUGGCCUCUGGAUCAGGAAACACCUGCUGCCGGUAAAUCAGAAGCAAUCAUUGAUCAUAUGCGCGUGAAAACCGCGAAUUGUUGACCGGUCGACUUCAUGCUCUGAACAUACCGGGGCUAAAAAAACCCCCCUAAGCAUAUGGCAUGAUAUUUCUUGUGUGACGUUCAGUAUCAAGUUCUUCAUAAUGGGGUCCAUCCAUGCAAAGAAAUGUUGACCUAUAUUUGUCAGUUCUACAGACCGGGGAAAUUACUCUGUGUGAUUGAAGAUAUGGACCCAUAUUGCGUAUGCUGCACUGACACUCUCGGAGAAACGCAGCAGUCCCACUGCGAAAUGCUGUUGCCAUGGCGAGUAAAGGUUUAAACAGGAAUCUCUCUGCGGGCCCUCCCUGGCCAAAGCUGACCCCAAUGAUCGCUCUAUCGGCAUUAGUGCAGAAAGCAGGCCGGAGUCAAAUAAUUAUUUUUAAAUAAUUUACAAGCCAGUAAAAUGUCUGCAGAUAACAGAAAAUAGUAAAAGGAACAUCUAUUUCACUAAUGCACCGAACAAAACGACUCUUUAAUAUAAUUGUACGUUUCGGUUAGUGCACGGGUUUCAUUGAAAAUAUUCUCCCCGAUCUGCCAGACUGUUUUCUAAUUGAAGUGGCGUCUAAUGAGUCCAAUUAUUUCAAAUACUUAUUUGCCUGUCUCGGGUCUGGCGGAGGGGCGCAAUCGUUUUUUGGAUUGUUGUUUGAAGAAGCUGCAAGUGAUUGUGGGUCAAAUGCAGAACCAACAAGUAAUGCGUUCUGUCUGUUUCCUGUGCGAUAAUGUUUUGGGCGCCGCUGACGAAAUGGUAAAAUAUGCUACCGUUGGAAGUGUGCCUAAUCAUUAUGUGACUCAAUCGACCAACGCAGAAUUUUCAGAGCUUUAGAGCGCUCCGCCAUAAGAGAGGCCUACUCAAUACACAUUUAACCCUAUAACUCAAAACCUUUCCCUGUGCAAGUAUGCGAUGCUGAAUCAAUUAUUACGACCAGUGUGAAGACAAUGAUAUAUUUCAAAUAAGUUCUGAGAUACAUUUGGUGGUGUAGAUUUUGACUUCGCCGCGUCCUGCCCGUGUGAAUUUGGAACCAAGUAAACCAGCAACACAACUGUUUUACGAUGCAUAGUAGCUAUUAAUGUAAUGGUUAGUGUGGCAUUCGUGUUGCACAUAAUUCCUAAUGUGCAACUCUAUACCCGAACUUUAACUUCCUGCGACGGGGACGACGGGUUCACGUGGAUUAGGAAUAAUUUUCUUUUGUGAUGAACCACUCAUAGUUACUACGACGCUGAUAGUAUCACAGGCGUCAUGAAGGUAUUUGACGUGUUCACAAUGUUAAUUACAAUAUGGAAAUAUUGUAGCCUAGUUAGACAUAAGAUGUCGGCUAGAUGAAGUAUCAUGUUAGCCUAAAAGAGGGCGUGAAAAAGAGAUGUCUAAAACUCCAGUACUCGCAAAAGCCAUGUCAUUUUCUUCCACAAAUGCCUCGGGUUUCGCUUUAAGUUUGGAAUGUGCAUUAACACCGUCUUAACACGGACUCUAGCCUGAUUAAACGUCGUUGCGUCACCGUCACGCGCAGCUUUCUGCAGAAUCUAGCACCAGUUUGUCACUGGCGGCGAAGAGAUGCUCUUCAGUUUGAUAGGUGUAUGCGUGCCGUUAAUAACUACACAGAAAUUUGGAAUAUAAAUAGUUUGCCGGGGUAUGUUUUCACAGGAUCACGACGACGUUUCAUCGCAUCAUUACCACAAGCCUUAUUUAGAUCUCUCCCUUUAAACGUCAGAUCUGACGCGCUCCCUCUUCGGACCGCUCUCCGCCGCCUGCGCGCGGCAUUUCUGCUACUCACCAGCAAAUACGGAGCAACUCAUUUUCACCGCAGGAACCCGGAGAGAAGCCGCUACCGCAGCCUGAUAUUUUUAAACUUUGAACCGGGAGAGCGACUGUGUCCAACGACUGCGCGUUUCCAAAGAGGACAGGGAGACAUGUGUCACUUUUCGCUUGUGUCACAGGCGACCAAGCCGCACACACGCAGACAGGCGAAAACUGCCCAUUGCUAAUGGUAUCAGGAAGUCUUGACGGCUCAAACGGAGAACGGGCAAAAUCUUUGCCAUUUCACUCCCUGCCCCCGAUAACACAGGCCACUUCAAUUAGGCAGUUAUUGUGUUGACCAUUUUCGGGAUGUCUUGCCUUUCAAAUUACAAAAGAGAUACCACAACGAGGAUUUCCAUCUGAAGCGUGAAUGUGAGCUGCAACCAAGGUCAAGAUUUUCGGAUCAGGACCCAGACACAGCGGCCGCUCGGCGGGGCUCUGACUCAUCGGCGGGACGGGAGCGGCGGAUGGCGGCGCUGCCGGCGGAGUUGGCGGGAUGGGCCGCGGGGCUGCUGAUGGCGGGGCGCGGCCGGGCCGGCGGCGGCCAGUGAAGACGUCGCCCGCGCGGGAGUGAAGAGCUGAUGGGAAAUACUGGGCAUGCGAAAGCGCCUCUGAAGGUUUUGACAGCCACGCCCUGUGGAGGUUUGAUACCUUGCUGCUGAUCUCCCCCCCCCCCCCUUGCGUGUGGAUAUAAUUGGGGGUUUCUGCGGGGGCUUUUUGAGCUCCUGGUGCGACCGUGGUUCGGAGGCGGCGGGAGGCGGGAACAUGUGGGCGCGGUGGGCGUGGAGGGCGGGCCGGGUGUGGCUCCGCCCGGGCGCGGCCCUGGCCCUCUACCUGUGGAUAGCGGGCGUGGCUCUGCAGGCCCCGCCCUGGAACCCUGAGAAGCUGGACGAGUCGGACCCCGUGGUGAGCACCGUGUAUGGGAAGCUGCGCGGGUUCAAGAAGGAGCUCACCAACGAGAUCCUGGGCCCGGUCAUCCAGUUCCUGGGGGUGCCCUACGCGGCGCCCCCUACUGGCGAGAGGCGCUUCCAGCCCCCGGAACCGCCCGUCUCCUGGCCGGACGUGCGCAACGCCACGCAGCUGGGGCCGGUCUGCCCCCAGACCAUCCUGGAGGGCCGGCUGCCGGACGUCAUGCUGCCCGUGUGGUUUACAAACAGCCUGGAGGUGGUGAACUCCUACGUGCAGGACCAGAGCGAGGACUGCCUGUUCUUAAACAUUUACGUCCCCACGGAGGAUGUAAAAAGAAUGUCCAAGGAAUGUGCCAGGAAACCGGGCAAGAAAAUAUGUAGGAAAGGAGGUCCCCUUACAAAGAAACAGAACGAUGAUUUAAGUGAUAAUGACGGUGCUGAGGACGAAGACAUCCGCGAGAGCGGGAGCCCCAAGCCCGUCAUGGUCUUUAUUCACGGGGGCUCCUACAUGGAAGGCACCGGAAACAUGUUCGACGGCAGCAUCCUGGCCAGCUACGGCAACGUGAUCGUAAUCACCGUCAACUACCGGCUCGGAGUACUGGGUUUUUUAAGUACAGGUGACCAGGCAGCCAAGGGAAACUAUGGGCUGCUGGACCAGAUCCAGGCCCUGCGCUGGACCAGCGAGAACAUCGCCUUCUUUGGGGGCGACCCGUUGCGCAUCACGGUUUUCGGGUCCGGGGCCGGCGCGUCCUGUGUCAACCUCCUGACCCUGUCCCAUUACUCUGAAGGACUGUUUCAGCGCGCGAUAGCGCAGAGCGGCACGGCCCUCUCCAGCUGGGCGGUCAGCUUCCAGCCCGCCAAGUACGCGCGCAUGCUGGCCCGGAAGGUGGGCUGCAACCUGCAGGACACGGUGGGGCUGGUGGACUGCCUGCAGCGGAAGCACUACAAGGAGCUGGUGGACCAGGACAUCCAGCCCGCCCGCUACCACAUCGCCUUCGGGCCCGUCAUCGACGGCGACGUCAUCCCCGACGACCCGCAGAUCCUCAUGGAGCAGGGCGAGUUCCUCAACUACGACAUCAUGCUGGGCGUCAACCAGGGGGAGGGGCUGAAGUUCGUGGAGCUCAUCGUGGACAACGAGAACGGCGUGCAGGCCAACGACUUCGACUACGCCGUGUCCAGCUUCGUGGACGACCUGUACGGCUACCCCGAGGGCAAGGACGUGCUGCGCGAGACCAUCAAGUUCAUGUACACGGACUGGGCCGACCGGCACAACCGAGACCGCCAAGACCCUGCGCGCACCACACCAGGUGGCGCGGCCACCACCUGCCCCGCGCCACCAACUCUCUGGCCUUUACCACACUCCCAGACGGAGCAGGUCCCGCUGGGCGGACGCCGCGCCGCGCGAUCCACCGCUCGGCCUGCCCAUUGUGCGCUGUUCAUGGUCACCUGUUCUAAACCACCCCCCCGCCUGCUUUGUCUUUGCAGUGACCCCAACCAGCCGGUGCCCCAGGACACCAAGUUCAUCCACACCAAGCCCAACCGCUUCGAGGAGGUGGCCUGGACGCGCUACAACCAGAAGGACCAGCUGUACCUGCACAUCGGGCUCAAGCCUCGCGUCAAAGAGCAUUACCGUGCCAACAAGGUCAACCUGUGGCUGGAGCUGGUGCCCCACCUGCACAGCCUGAACGAGGUCACCCAGAUCAUCUCCACCACCACCAAGGUGCCCCCGCCAGAGGUCACCGCCAGGACGCCAAAGAAGAUGCCCGCCAACACCAAGCGGCCCAACCCCACGCCCUUCCCCACCGAGAACCAGGACAGCCAGAACCAGCCCUUCCUGGUGGACCAGCGCGACUACUCCACCGAGCUGAGCGUCACCAUCGCCGUGGGCGCCUCCCUCCUCUUCCUCAACAUCCUGGCCUUCGCCGCGCUGUACUACAAGAAGGACAAGCGGCGGCACGACGUGCACCGCCGGUGCAGCCCGCAGCGGAGCGCGGCCAACGACCUGGCGCACACGCAGGAGGAGGAGAUCAUGUCCCUGCAGGUGAAGCACGGCGAGCUGGAGCGGGGGGGCUGCGACGCCGGGCACGCCCACGAGGUGGUGCUGCGCUCCGCCUGCCCGCCCGACUACACGCUCGCCAUGCGCCGCUCCCCCGACGACAUCCCGCUCAUGACCCCCAACACCAUCACCAUGAUCCCCAACGCCAUGUCCGGGAUGCAGACCCUCCACCCCUUCAGCACCCCCUUCGCCCCCAGCGGACAAAACAACACACUGCCUCACCCCCACCCGCACUCACACUCCACCACCAGGGUAUAGCCAGCGGGACCUGCGGCACACUCAACCCCCCCCUGCCCCCCCCCCCACCACCAAACUUACAAAACCCACUGAGACCCAAACGAGAUUCCAGGAACGUUUCUAGGUCCCGCAAACUACUUCUGAGAGGGGGGGGGGCAGCUGGAAAUCUCGUUUAAGGUUCAAAGGGAGACUCAUCGUUUUAUAUUGUGUAAAAAAAAACAAA